AUGGCAAAGAAAAGGAAGCAGUCACAACCACGGCCUACCACCAUCGGUGGUUAUACUAAGGCUAUCAAAGACCUAGAAGCCUCUCUGGAUGCUGAGCAAGAAACGUUGGCGCAUAUGCUGUUGGACUACUCAGCUUCUGACCCCGGUGUGAGGGGCUGGAAGAUGUCUCGUAUCAAGGGGGCCAAGGGGAGAGUUUCUGCUUCGAAGGCACAUUUGGGUCAGCUCAAGAAGGAGCUCGAGGCUCUCCGAGCAAAAGGAGAGAAGGCUGGUGAGCAGGGUGGAGGGCCUGCCAGUGAGAGUGGUGCUCCUUCGCCCCUGACUUCGAUUGAGGACGAUGGCCUCGAUGCAGCGUUACUUGAACCGGACGACAAUGUCGAUGACCCAGAGCACGACGAACAAGUUUUGCACGGGAAUGACGUGUUCAACUUGGCAGAGGACGACAAUGAAAUGAGGACGACCGUCAAAACCUUUGCGCAGCUUCUCGCUCCCUCUCUGUUAGAAACCGCGCCAGCAACUCGCGAUAAACCAACUGAGCCAAAAAGGCCGCUAUCACCGGUAUUGGUCGCCUACUGUCGAACGGAAGACGGAUAG